CUAAGAAAGGGAAAGGAGUAAACAAAACAGCAGGCGAAAGGAAACGGUCUUCUGUGUGGGGGUGUGGGUGUGUGUGUAAAUGGUGAGGAAGGAGCUCCUCAUGAUCUCAAAGUCUCACAUCGACACUCCAAUAUUCUCUUACAUUGGUUGUUGAAGGUAGACAAGGUGAAAAAGAGUGGGGAAGAAGGGGGUGGGGGGAUUUGCGGGACUGUGAUGUCUUGUGGGGGUGGGGAGGACAGGCAAUGGAGUUGCGGGAAAGCCGGGGCUGUCAAUUUGCAGAAAGUGAGUUCGAUCAUUGGAGAGCCUUGCCUCUCUCAAUCGCCUAAAAAGGUUGUAACGGCUGUAAACAAAAUGCUUAAGGCAGAAAAGUGGCACGCAACUUUUGAUAGUGAUGGAAAGGUUUUUGGUUUCCACAAAGCACUCAAGUUGAUUGUUUUGGGGGGGGUGGAUCCAUCUAUUAGGCCAGACGUUUGGGAAUUUCUACUCGGUUGUUAUGCACUAGGAAGCACUGCUGAGUACCGAAGGCAACUGCGGACAGCCCGGAGGGAACGCUACAAGGACCUAAUUAAGGAAUGCCAAAUGAUGCAUUCCAGUAUAGGAACUGGUUCACUUGCCUAUGUUGUGGGGUCCAAAGUUAUGGAUAUGAGGACAUCCUCCAAAGAUGAAAGGAUAAGGGAAGCUAAAGUGGAAAGUAGAAAAGCUUCUAUUGACACCACUAAUAAUUUAGAAAAUCAUCGUGAUUGGAAUUGUAAUUGUACAGAUACAUCAUAUGCAUGUCAAAGAGAAAGCUCUAGCAAUUCAGCCGACCUUGUCAGUGUGAGGGGAAGCACGGAUAGUGGAGCAUAUGACUCUUCGUGUUAUAUACCUAUUUCUGGUCCAUACAACUGCAGUUCUCCAAGAGAAGGGAGAGAAGCAGAUGGAUUGCAGUAUGUGCCUGAAGAUUGUUUCAUUUUUCCUCCUUUACCUGUCACUGAUUUAUUUGAGAAGAGUGGAGAAAAUAAAACAUCAUGCAAGUUGCAUGAUGAUGAUAUUUCUAGUAAACAUAAUCUGAGAUUUGAGGACGACAGAAUGCACAGUUUUCAAAUUAACAACAAUGAAGAUUUAAUUAUAGAAUCAAACGGCUCGCCAUCUAGCAAUGCCUUGCAUACUAUAGACUCUGAAAUUGAAAUGCUCCAUCAUGAUUCCCAUGAAUCAAUAUUGUUGUCCAAUAAUAUGCUGAAUGAAACCGAAAUAGCAAAUCGGUUGAGAAUAUCAGAUGUACCACAAGCAGCAAUAACUUCGACAACAUCUCAAGGACGGCCUGCCAGUGAGGACAGAGUAUCGGAAUGGCUUUGGACUCUACACCGAAUCGUUGUUGACGUUGUAAGAACAGAUAGUCAUCUUGAAUUCUACGAGGAUACAAGAAACUUAGCUAGGAUGUCAGAUAUUCUUGCUGUUUACGCUUGGGUUGAUCCUGCAACUGGUUAUUGUCAAGGUAUGAGUGACUUGCUGUCUCCUUUUGUUGUCCUCUUCGAGGAUAAUGCUGAUGCUUUUUGGUGCUUUGAGAUGCUUUUGAGGAGAAUGCGUGACAAUUUUCAGAUGGAUGGACCAACCGGAGUGAUGAAGCAGUUGCAAGCACUGUGGCAUAUUGUAGAACUCACAGACAAGGAAAUGUUUGCACAUUUGUCCCAUAUAGGUGCUGAAAGCCUUCAUUUUGCAUUUCGGAUGCUGCUGGUACUCUUUCGUCGGGAGUUAUCUUUUAAUGAGGCUCUUUCUAUGUGGGAGAUGAUAUGGGCAGCUGACUUUGAUGAAUCAAUGGCCUACAAUUUAGAGGAGAACUGUCUUGAAGCCUUGGUAGUGCAGCUUCCUAGGGAUUCUGGACUAGAAAUGAGAGAAAAAAUUAGCGAAAAUGGUAAUUGUACCACGAAGGGUGGGGGCUUGCCAUCAAAUUAUGGAGAUGUAGACCACUCCAUGCCACACAACAUUGGAGUGAAAUCAAUAUCAUCCCGUCCCUUUUGUGGCUUGACGAGGAAUUUCUGGUCAAAGAAUGAUCGUUACCAAAUAUAUACUGUGGUCUCUUCAACUAGGACCGGGCAUAAUGAGUUACCAGUUUUCUGUGUGGCAGCAAUUCUUAUUAUGAACCGUCAGAAAAUUAUCAGAGAAACCCAUUCAUUUGAUGAUAUGAUAAAGAUUUUCAAUGAUAAAAUGCUGAUAAUCCAUGUCAAAAGAUGUAUACGCACAGCAAUAAAACUCAGAAAGAAGUAUCUCUACAAGAUAAUCAAGAUAAAGAGUCCUGAAGCUCGUAAUGAGGACUAGGAUUUUUCCAUCUUGCAAAUGGGCAAGUACUGCCAUGGCAAAGGCACAGAAAUGGCACUGUUGAGUUGUAUUUACAGAUUGGGAUUUCAAGUUGGAGUAGGUGUGAAAAAUGCUGUUAUUUGGUGUAGAAGGGAAGAUUUCAAAGCAGGAGCGCUUUUGCAUUUAAGAUUCACCCAGCUGUUCAUACCUCCAUAUGUCAUCUUUUGCAAGAAGCCAAUGGAAUGAUUGGAAGUGGGAAGAAGUUCGUUUGUUGAUGCACCCCAGAUCUGAUCGUUUUGCUACCAUGGAUCUCACAGGAACACUAGUGGGUCGGUCUGGCCCUUCUUCAACCGUUGUGGGCAUAGCUUUCUCAUCUCGGUGACGAAAGAUGUGGCCAUGCUUGGGUCUGGCUUUCUGGUACCGUUGAAGUUGUAGAGACGAUCAAUGAUGUAGCUACAAUGUGUCCUGCCCAUUGAGUGUGCUCCUGAUAAAGAGAGACAGGUCUUUGAGGAUGUGUCUAUUUUCUGUGCGGUUAAACCUAAUGAACAAACUUGAAACUUGACCAAGAAAUAUUCAUUUUUAUUCAGUAGACUCGAAGGGACAUAAUUAGGAGUUACGAGUUCCGUAUGCGUAGGAUGAUGUAGAUGACCAUUUUUUUGUUCAUCUAAAGAGCAAUUUAUGGAUUUGGAGCAAUGA